UUAAUGUUUUUUCUCAAUACAGAAUUAGAGUGUUACUGCCAUCUAUGUACAAAAGACAACUUUACGUGUGUGACAGAUGGAGUAUGUUUUGCCUCAGUAACACGAACUGCAGACAAAAUAAUACACAAUAGUAUGUGUAUAGCAGAAGUUGAUCUGAUUCCCCGAGACAGACCGUUCGUUUGUUCCUCCUCCACCAGAGAUGGAGUCUUUACUGUGCCUCAUUGCUGUAACACGCCUCUCUGCAAUAAAAUAGAACUUCCAAUUCCAACACCAGGCCCUACUGCAGAAAAACCAGCUUCUAAUCUAGGACCUGUGGAACUGGCUGCUGUCAUUGCUGGACCUGUCUGCUUUGUCUGCAUUUCACUAAUGUUGAUUCUGUAUAUUUGUCAUAAUCGUACUGUAAUUCAUCAUCGUGUGCCAAGUGAAGAAGACCCUUCAUUGGAUCGUCCCUUUAUAUCAGAAGGAACUACCUUAAAGGAUUUAAUUUACGAUAUGACAACUUCAGGCUCUGGUUCAGGUUUACCUUUACUUGUGCAAAGAACAAUUGCAAGAACUAUAGUACUUCAAGAAAGCAUUGGUAAGGGUCGCUUUGGAGAAGUCUGGCGAGGGAAGUGGAGAGGAGAAGAAGUGGCUGUGAAGAUCUUCUCUUCAAGAGAGGAACGUUCAUGGUUUAGAGAAGCAGAAAUUUAUCAAACAGUUAUGCUACGCCAUGAAAACAUACUUGGAUUUAUAGCUGCAGACAACAAAGACAAUGGGACAUGGACUCAGCUGUGGUUGGUGUCAGACUAUCACGAGCAUGGAUCACUCUUUGAUUACCUGAACAGGUAUACAGUAACAGUGGAAGGAAUGAUAAAAUUAGCUUUGUCCACUGCCAGUGGUCUUGCUCAUCUGCACAUGGAAAUUGUUGGCACACAAGGCAAACCAGCAAUUGCCCACAGAGAUUUGAAAUCAAAAAAUAUAUUGGUGAAAAAAAAUGGAACGUGCUGCAUUGCAGACCUGGGAUUGGCAGUUAGGCACGAUUCAGCUACAGACACAAUUGAUAUUGCCCCAAACCACAGAGUGGGAACAAAAAGGUACAUGGCUCCUGAAGUUCUAGAUGAUUCCAUAAAUAUGAAACAUUUUGAGUCAUUCAAACGAGCAGACAUCUAUGCAAUGGGAUUAGUCUUUUGGGAAAUUGCUCGGCGAUGUUCAAUUGGUGGAAUCCACGAAGAUUACCAAUUGCCAUACUAUGACCUCGUUCCUUCAGAUCCUUCUGUCGAAGAAAUGAGGAAAGUUGUGUGUGAGCAGAAGUUAAGGCCCAAUAUUCCAAACAGAUGGCAGAGUUGUGAGGCAUUGCGAGUAAUGGCAAAAAUUAUGCGGGAAUGCUGGUAUGCCAACGGAGCUGCCAGGCUGACAGCUUUGCGCAUUAAGAAAACAUUAUCGCAACUUAGUCAACAGGAGGGGAUAAAGAUGUAAUCCUGGAUUUGCUACCGAAGAACACUGUAAAAAUCCCUAUCUGCACCAGAGUGGCGUGUUAAGAUGGUUAAUUGUUCUACCUCACUGGGGGAACAGAAGGAUAUUGCUGCCUUUUAGUACUUCAUAGGAACGUCACGUAUUAGGAUUUUUGUGGAUGUGCUAAACAGUUGUGUUGGGUCCUUUCUGUGCACUAUGAACCUCUUUCCCAGGUUACUUACAAAACAUCAUGUAUUCUAGUUUUAUUAACUUGUAAUUUUUUAUUUGGAAAGUUGAUAGCUGGUUUUUACUAGUUAACUGUGCUAAAAGUAGGAGGUCACUUCUAAAAUGGAACUGGCUCACUAUAUUGUUCUAAAGUGCAUCAAUGGCUCUUCAGGCAACUUUAUUCCUGGCUGGUACAUUGACUAUUCUGAACCACUGUCUCAAUUCCUUGAUUCAGAUUGUGAAUGUACUUACUAUUGGAGUAUACCUUGCUUGCUAUUUAAGGUAGUGUAUCUUUUGGACUCUGACUUUGACUUACAAAUUGACCUCAUUCAGUUGUGGGAACAUAACUUAUGCAACUAUACAUGAUUACUGGGUUUUUUCCACUUUUUCAGAACAUUACAUUGCCUUCAAAAUAGAUUGUAUCACACCAGUAAGUGCCACUUUUGAGUCUUUUAAUGCAAAACAGCAGGAACAUAUGAAGCCUUUGGUACUUUUGGUUUCAAAAAUACAAGUUAAAAAUCAACUGUUCCUUUGCCUAGCUAAGAUCUAAUUCUCACUUGUUUCAGCAACAUAAUUCAUGGAAUAUUUUUGAUUUUACCAAAAUCUGACUCUUGAUACCACUGUAGGAGUUUUAAAUAGUGUAAGCUAGUAAAUUCACAGUCAUAUUUUGUAAUUGUCAAGUUAUGAGUCAUAAUUAUGUAGAUGAUUUUUUUUUUAAUGAAGUGGUACUUCUAAAAUGCUCUAAGUACCUCUUUACUUCAGAAAAGUAGCAAGAAGAGUAAAAUGUUCUUAAGGGAGACUUUGUUUCAUUAAAUCAAACAUGAAAAGCAUAUUUUCUGUGCAGUUCUGCUGAGUCUUAAGGCUCAAAGAACAAUAUUUGCAAUUAAAUGAGGAUUAAGUGCACCUGUAAUUAGAGAAAAGUUAUUUGGGCUUUUGUACUAGAAAGUUCAAAGCUGCUUAAAGAUUUUAUGUGCAUAUAUGUUGUGUGCCUCAUACACAAAGUGGUGAGCUACAGAAAGUGGUGAGCUGCAGGUCUUUGGAUACAAAUACCAGAGGAUUCCAGCAAUCCUCUUCAUAGUUAGAAGAACAAAGCUUAUGGUGACUUGUGUUGUCAUAAGAACACAAAAGAAUAUGCAUGGCUUUAGUCAAGAUUUCCAUGAGAUUUUAAGGGUAUCAUAAAAUCUUCACAAACCUGUAUAGAAAUUGAAUUGCUUCCUGCCCAAAUGUACAGCUUCUGGAGGGGAUGGGAAGAAUUAAAUGGAAAAUUGUCCUUAAAAAACUGCUGUUACCAGAAUAUUUUAAUUGCAGUUUUAAGAAGAGUCUGGUUGACCUUUGGUUUCAUCAAUGCCCAAAACAGUCCAUAGUAUUUCAGUGUGUAAAUAUGCCUCUCAGUUAAUAUGCCCCCUCACCUCCUACUCUCACAACACAUCUGUACCCAUCCCAUUACACAACACACAUGGCAAUGUUAUCUUUGCUUCCCUUUCAUCCCUCAGCCCACUGAGAGUUGAUCACAAAGCCGGUAGCAGUGAUUGCUGACAGCAGCAUAGUCUGUGACGUGGUAGCUAAAGCAGGAAGAUGAGUGGGGCCUAGUAAGAAGAGGCUACAUAGAUGACUUAAACCUUAGCCAAGAUAAGCCUUUGCACUUCACUGACUUCUGUGUUAUUGCCUGCUUGGAGGUAAAUUUGGUUGAUUUGGGAAUUACAGACCCUCAGAGGUUGAACUGCAAAUAAUGAAAUGCUUUAUUCGACCACCUUUAUGGAUGAGUUUACUCAUACUGGAAGGCAGCAUUCAGGAGAAAAGGAAAAACUAAGGGAAGUUCUUGGAAAACAGUUAGGCUUAAACAUAUGUACAGCUGUCACAGUUGUGUUUGUUUGGCACUAUCUAACAAGUCAGGCUUAUGUGCUUCAGGGCUCCAUCAAUCAAAGCUCAAUUAAAAGUUACUUCAUGUAGGUGUUUAAAUACGCUAUGCCUGUGUGCACAUGGACAACUGUGCACCACAGCAUUUUUCAGUUAUGAGUGUUCAGAAAAAAUCACAGAAUAUGUUGAGUUGGAAGGGACCCACAAGGAUCAUUGAGUCCAACACCUGGCC